CAACCAGUCCAACCAGUCCAACCAGGCCAGCCAUACCAGUCAGACCAACCAGGCCAGCACCAGGCUGACAGCAGGGAACCAGUCUACAGAGCAAACCAAAUCUUCUUCCAGAGUCUUACGUCAGAAAAAGAGAAUCUGGGCCGGAAAACAGGAGAAUGACCACAAAUACUCCAGAGCGGAUGCAGACCCCAGUGGGAGUGGAUCCAGGUCUCCAUGUGGAGAUGUGUUAACAGUCUUCAGCCACCUCGUCCCGAGUUAAGAAGAAGCCCAGCGAGCCGUUGACGUGUCCGACUUGUGACAAGUCGUUCUCUCUGAAGUGUCUGCUGCAGCGCCACGCCCUGACCCACUCCAAGCCUCACCUCUGCCCCGACUGUGGCAAACGCUUCUCUGGCGUCCGGGGGCUGCUGGCACAUUCCAGACGCCACAGCGGAGAGAAACUCUUCAGCUGCUCCGACUGUGGCACCGAGUUCGCCUACAAGUCGACGUUUGACCGCCACAUGCGUCGGCACGGCCCGACGGACCCGGCGGGGACCGGGGCGUCCCACCUGUGUGGGCUGUGUGAGGGCCGGUUCAGCGGGCUGGUGGCGUUCCAGCGCCACCGGUGUUGCGCUCUGAAGACGCCGUUCGCCUGCUCCGUCUGCCCCGAGACCUUCGAGCUGCGACAGAGUUUAGCGGCUCACGAGGAGCUGCAUCCAGGAGAGAGAGACUUCGUGUGCGAGUCGUGCGGCGAGCGCUUCUUGUCGUCGCCGUCGCUGGCCGCUCACCGCGCCACGCACACGCAGAAGGAGCGCUGCUGCGAGCUGCUGGGCGUGGGCUGCAGCCACCGCAGCGUCCUCACGACUCACCUGAGCAAACACAGCGGGGAGAAGCUGUUCUGCUGCAGCGUGUGCGGUAAAGGCUGCAGCCACCGCAGCGCUCUGCAGCACCACCUGCUGACUCACAGCGGGGAGAAACCCUUCGUCUGCCACGCCUGCGGGAAGCGCUGCGGCCACGCCAGCGCGCUGCAGAACCACCUGAGGGUCCACACGGGCAGGAAGCCCGGCCUGCCGCCCGCCUGCACCGUCUGCGGGAAGACGUUCCGCCGCGCCGUCAGUCUGAAGUACCACAUGAGCGUCCACACCGGAGAGAAACCGUACGGCUGCCAGCAGUGUGACAAGAAGUUCAGCAACCCCAGCAACCUUCAGGUCCACAUGUCCGUCCACUCGGGGGAGAAACCGUACGGCUGCACCGUCUGCAGCAGGAGGUUCAGUCAGUCCAGCAGCCUCCGGCAGCACCGCCGGCUCCACACCGGAGAGACACCGUACCGCUGCUCCGUCUGUGGCCUGACCUUCAUCCACAGCUGUGACUUCAAGAAACAUCAGAGGAACCACCAGUCAGAAACUACUGUCAAAAUAUAACUUUCACUAUACAAGGUGGCUUCAUAUGGGAAAUAAACACUGAGAUGAGA